AGGCCUCCGACUAUGUGGAGACGAACAUAUCUCUUCCUGGUCGUCUUGCGACUCUACCUGGCUUUGUCCCCGAGCUAUAUCCACCCGGAUGAGCACUUUCAGGGACCAGAAGUUAUCGCAGGACGCGUCUUUGGAUAUGCCUCACACUUGACCUGGGAAUUUACUUCUGACAGUCCGAUUCGAAGUGUAUUUCCCCUUUGGAUUUUCUAUGGUUUGCCCUUGACCUUGCUGAAAUGGAUUUGCGAUGGAUUCGGAUACCAGACUAUCUCUCCCGCCACUGUUUACUACACACUACGCGCUCUGAUGUUCAUCUUGAGCUUUGUGCUUGAAGACUGGGCCCUUGACGAGUUGAUACAUGUCCCACGAGAACGCCGUGUAGCCCAGAUGCUGGUUGCUUCAUCCUAUGUUACCUGGACUUUCCAGAACCACACUUUCUCGAACUCUGUAGAGACAUUGAUCGUGCUGUGGUGUUUGGUAUUGAUCAACCGGAUCAAGGAGGACAAGGCUCACACGCGAAUACUACCAUCUGCUCUGCUCGCCUUCCUCUGCGUGCUAGGCACUUUCAAUCGUAUCACCUUUCCACCUUUCGUCAUGAUACCCCUGUUGCAAUUAAUCCCGCACUUCCGCCAUAGGCCCAUCUCGCUCCUAGUCAUGGUGUUGUCGGCAGCUGCAACACUGCUGUUUGCAGUUGUCACAGAUACUGAAUGGUUCCUCCAGAAGCCAGUGCACUUGUCGCAACUGCGUGAGACUGCCAUUAUUACACCACUCAAUAACCUCAUCUACAACAUGGACAGCAGCAACCUUGCCAAACAUGGUCUUCACCCGUACUACCAGCAUGUGGUCGCGAACCUCCCUCAAUUACUCGGUCCUGCACUUCCUUUGAUAUUCUUUGGUUGCCGCAUGGGCAUGCCGAUGUACUCAGCAGGGUUCGGCAUCUUUGCUCUAUCAUGUCUCAAGCAUCAAGAAGCUCGUUUCUUGUUGCCGGCAGUACCACUAAUUCUAUCGAGCAUCAGCGUACCCCGUCGUAUGCGUGAAGUCUGGAUCACAGUGUGGAUCAUCUUCAACGUCUGCUUAGGUCUGUUGAUGGGCGUCUUCCAUCAAGGGGGUGUUGUACCAGCACAGCUCUGGGUCGGCAAACAGGAAGGCAUCCAACAAGCAUUCUGGUGGAAAACAUACAGUCCCCCAACCUACUUACUCGGUAACAACUACGAAGGUCUAGUUACCAGAGACCUGAUGGGCAUGCGUGGUGAGAGCCUUAUGGAAGAGCUGAAGGCCAAUGUGGAUUGCAAUGCCAGAUCAACGACACUGUUGCUUGCACCACUCAGUGCCACAUUCCUGGACACGUACAUCACGGACAACAGCAUAGCUUCAGAAGGCCCUAAGAUUGUUCUCGAAGAAGUAUGGCGUUACAAGGACCAUCUCAAUCUUGAUGACAUGGACUUUGGUGACGAUGGAGUAUGGCCAACAUUGAAGCGCAUGAUUGGCAGAAGAGGUAUCGGUGCUUGGAAGGUGAGAAGACAAUGUUAAUGGCCUGCAGUCGGGCUUCGAGAAAAGUCGAUAAUCGUGGUUGAUGGACAAACAGAACCGUAAGGGUAAUUAAUGUCAAUGCUGUUGUGUCAAGUCUUUCAUGGGUUUCCACUUCAAUCCGCAACGCAGUCUUUGCCUUUAGGUAUCUCUUAUGUUUAAUGAUCCUCCCGGUGUGCGAAAUCCUGUCACACAUGUAGCUGCCUCAAGGUACAAUACUUUCUUACAUUGAAGCGAUAUCAUCGAAAUGUUUCGUGUCAACGAUUCCCUGCACCAGGCUUAUCGAUUCGAGAAAUUACUGUUCUUAUAUACAGCAUGUUAGUGACAGUAUUCUGCACAUGGGAAGGAUGGUAUAGUCGUUGGUAUGGUGCAUCCUCGAAGCUCCGCACGGCAGACCCGCGAAAAUGACGUGCUUCGCUGACCACCCGCCGCCCAUCGCAUCUUCAAAUUUCC